GCUGCCAUAUGCCGAAGCCCUCCAAUUUAUCUUGCCACAGACUGCAGAUGGUGUUGAGCCAGAAAUCUUCAUUGGUAACAGUGUUCGGCCGCUGGUACCUGGAAAUGAUUUGCCUCUCUGCGAUGGUGACGUCAUUUGUGUGCUAUGCAGAGGACGCCCCCGGCCAGUUGAGUGCACAGCUGAAGAAACCAUCGCCAACCGCGAGCGGUGGAACCACCCAUGCCAGCUCCCGCGCUUAACACAGGAGGAAGGGGUGCUGUUGCAAUUUGAGUCUCAACAGGUUUUCGUCCCAAGGCAUCACCACUAUGGCAAUACUGUGCUUGAAGCUGCCGCAGAGAUUUUUCGGCGCCCUGUGGAUGCCUUAACUUCCUGUGCCUUUCGCACACCAGACCUGGAGCUCCAAGGUGACUGGUGCUCACAUGUGGUUGUUCUGGUCGACAUGAACCCCGCUGAGGCGCAAAGGCAUAGGCGGCGUAGAAGGCAAGAUCUCUUUACUCUGUGUGAUUUUCGCCUUGUUGGGCACCGCAUGUGGGCUACGCACAGCCACGUUCCUUGCAUUCACAUCCCGACUCUUGCGGCACGCUUUGACAUUUAUGUCCCCAGAAACACCCGGCUUGCGGCCACUGGCGCCGAGAGGCAAGGUGAUUUGCUCGGGUACCAGGAUCACUGUGUUCUUGUCUUCUACCUUGAGCCAUCCACGGAUGAGGAAGACGAUGACAGCUCUGAGGAUGGUAGACCUGACAGGCACCAGGUCAACAACGCACUCAACGACGUCAAGCUUGGCCUAACAGCAGUGUCGCAAGGCGGAGAUGAGUUUGUUCCCUGUCUCAGCCAACCCGCCCCGAUGCUGAGCAUGCCCGACAAGGUCGCUGAGGGCGGUGGCGAGAUAGCCGACCUUGACAGGGCCACCCCGUACCAGGCACCUCACCCGGUGCACCAUGCCCCGCUCGACGAAGUCGGAGCUAUCGAAGAAGAUGGCGUCAGUACGCCAGCCAUGUGCUUGGUGUACGCUCCGGGAUAUGUGCCUGACAUCAUUUAUGUGAACUUGCCCAUCCCCUGCAGUGUAAGUCGCGCACUGGAGCACUGCAGCCGAGGCAGAGAUCAAGGUCAGGCCGAAUGUUUCGACCAGAUCUUCCCAGCGAUGCCACAGCCGUCAUCGAAAUUGGCUGUGAUGGUCGCCCUCCCAUCUUGGGUUACGGACCGUGUAGCCGUCUUGUUCAACUGCAUCGCGGUCAACCAGACACUUUUCGCGGCUGCGGUCUUUGCCCGUAUGAACAAGGCGUCCCUGAUUUCGGCAGCAGGCCUCACGCGCAAUGGUGCGCUGCAGGCCUAUGGCGCCUUCGAUGUUUACUUACAUGGUCUGCUGCAGCCACUGGAAGACGACCUGUGGGUCGAUAUCCGGUCCGGCAUGUCAGUCGUUUGUGUGCCUUCAGGACAAUUCCCUGGGCGAGGCUGGGAUUUGGCCGAAAUGCUGCAGGAUGCUGCGGAGUGGGAAUCAGAACCGGAAAUCCCAGGAUUUCCGGUGGCAACUUCUGCCGCAUCCAACGGUCUUGUUACAGAGGUUAGCCGACCAAUUCUUCGAACAGUCAUCGAUGUCACACAAGGGCAGGUCGUAAAGGUCGAAUUUGUCGAGGAAUCGGAUGGUAGUUCUGGGGUCGACUUAGCCUCUGUAGGCCUCGAGUCUUUCGACGCUUUAUCCGACGACAAUAUGGACCCUGUGGAGCCCCCAGUAAGCGAAGCUGCACCGGAGCCUCUGAGUCAGGUCCCGGACGACGAAGUGGCCCCAGCCACCGGAGGGGCGGCGCCCGACAGAAGCCGCUCCCCGCGAGGCAGCCAAGAAGCCGCCCCAGUCUUCAACGAGUGUACCUUCGCGUUGCUUUCACCGGGGUUUGCCAUAGAAACGGUCUCUGUGCGAAUGCGCCUACCCGCGACUAUCCAUCAUGCUGCCAGGGCAAUUCAGGCGAGCAGAGCGGCGGAUGUCGCGUGUGCAUUCCCCCUGCUUUUCCCGGCCAGAUUCCAACCUGACCUCCGUUGGGGACUCUUCCUCGCUGCCCCCAUUUGGAAAUUCCGGGGUUCGAUUGUCUGCAUUGACAUGUUCGCCCAUUGGGGACGGGUUUUCGCUGUAAUUCUGCCGGAUGUCACCAUCCGGUCGAGAGUUCUUAUUGCGGCUGGCCUCUCCCCUGCUGCCGAAGUCGAUAUUUUUCUCAAUGGAGACAACUCCGGCAUUGGCGAUGGUGACCUUGAGGUCAGAGAUGGCGAUUGCCUGUCCAUAUUUUGGCAGGGCAGCACAGUCCCGGGCUCGCUCACGCUGAGCGAGCUACUCACCACUGAUUGGGUCUGUGGAGGUGCCCCUGCUUUUCAUGUCAGCUCUGCUCAUGAUCACUAUCUUCUGGUGAGCGCGAGCGCGACCCGCCUGUUUGCUAUAAUGCCGCAGCGAUCACAGUACUACCGAGCAGACAUUGCGUCACGUGUGGACUGCGACCCGAGGGAGCUGAUACUCACUCCCAGUCAGCCGCAGGUAGGGAAUGCCACCAUGCAUGGAUUUUCUUGCCGGUCUGUCGUUGCCGCCUUGAAGGUAGGACACCUCCCGAUGGGACAAGGCUUUUGUGCUUGCUUUCUUGACGCCAGAGCUCUUCUGCAAGAUUGGCAAACAGCCCUUACACUGGACGGAUGGUUGCAUGCACCGACUGCCACUGCCGCGUUGGGAGUCGACCUGCCAGAAGGAUGGGAGGCAUGCAUCGACGGUGUUCCCAAAGACCAAGAGUGGAUCUCCUACACUGCAGGCACCGUUUUCAAGAUCGCUGCCUGCCCUAACCAUCUUCAACCCGGCCAUUCGCCUGCGAUUGGGGCCUUUGCGCAGUGCCUCCCCGACGAUACCUUCGCUUGCCUUCCAGAGGACGGCCGCGUGACCCCGGCAGUAGCGAGCAAUGCACGGGAGCAAGGCGGUGCUGAGUGCACCACAGUCUUACCUGCCCAGACGUACAUGCGGAG